AUGACCAGCAGCAAAGAUUACACCGAUAGAGUGUGCAUCGUCACCGGCAGCAGUUCAGGAAUCGGCGCGUGCACCGUCAAGAAGCUAGCGGAGUACGGCGCAAAGGUGGUCGUCACUGGCCGAGACGCCGUCCGCAUUGCCCAGGUGGCCGACGAGUGCAAACAGCUGUCGCCGAAUGGCUACGAGCCGCUGCAGGUGGUCUGUGAUCUGACCAAGUCGGACGACAUUCGCCGACUGGUCCAGUCGACCAUUGAUCGCUUUGAGAAGAUCGACUUGGUAGCCGCCAAUGCCGGCGUCUUCUCAUCGGCGCUGAUUGACAAUCCCAAGCUGGUGGAGACGUUCGACUUUACAAUGCUGACCAACGUUCGACCGGUGCUGCGCCUGUUGCAGCUUUGUGUUCCUUAUCUGGAGCAAUCUAAAGGUGCGAUUGUGGUCACCAGUUCAAUGUUGUCUUUUAAGCCGAUUGCAAUCUACAUGCCCUACUGCAUGAGCAAAGCUGCCCUUGACAUUAUGACCAAGUGUCUUGCUAUUGACCUAGGCCCCAAGGGCAUUCGAGUCAACAGCGUCAAUCCGGCCAUUGUAAACAACAACUUUAUCGCUCGUUCACUUGGGCUUGACUUUGAUCAAAUGUCAAUUGAACUUAACAAAGCCGGGCAAUCUUAUCCGCUGGGACGUCUGGCAACUGUGGAUGAUAUUGCAAACUUGAUCUUGUUUUUGGGAUCUGAAGAUGCUGCAUUCAUUACCGGACAAAACAUUUGCCCAGAUGGCGGUAGCACGUUUGCCGGAGAUUCAG